UGGAAAUUUACGACGUAACUACGAUUUAAUGGCGUCUACAUCUCGAGCUGCGCAAGAGAAGCUUGCGGAGCUGGAGAAAGGCUCUGCUCCAUUCGAGGAUCAGCUUGUCGAGGCCGUGAAAUUUAUUGGUGGUGGCAUAAAUUUCGAUGGCAAACACGGUUUCAAAAUAGAUGAUCCUGGGAAACAGCCCAACUCUGCUGCCUUCCAUGGGCGAGAAGAGUGGUUGUUAAGAUGGCUCUUGAAGAAAUUGCAGGCUCCGAAGGAUGAUAUCCCCAGGAAAACACCUGCCUCAUGGCGAUUGCUUGCCCAUCUUUUACAGACUAUACCCAUUCCGAAUGCAGCACGAAUACUCCAGGAGCGGAAGUUUAUGGCGAUUUUGCGGCAGACGUUGGAGGAGGCGCAAAAAGCAGCAAGCGACACGAGUAGGAGUAUAUCAGGAGACAGAACAUCUUCGGACUCGACCUUGGUGGAAGAGACGUCUUCGAAAGUAUCAAGGAAGCGGAAACGGUCUGGAGAGCUGGUCACAAAUCCCACCGGCACGGGUGAUCUUGGCUUAGGAGAAUUGCUGGAGGCCAUUUAUGAAGCCAUUGCUGGCAUGCAACGUUCUACGAAUGUCAACCUUGUGAUUGUUGAAAAGGGACGAAGUGCUGCGUUCACAACAGAGUACAUGAAAACAGUCAUGAGAACCACUGCUGAAGAGGCCGCCAAAAUUCUAGGAUUGUGGCUCUCUCUAUCCCGCAUACUGCACAGCCAACGUGGAGUACGUGAACCUGUGGGUGAAACAUGGCUUUCUCAAUUUCUACAAAUAUGGGAUUACCACGCUCCAGGGACAGAUGAUUUGAUGCAAUAUUCCCUUCACUGCUCGCAUGGCCUGAUAUCCCUACUUAAAGCCGUCAAAUCAGGAGAAAUUCAGAAUCAAGACUGGCUACCAAUACUGGAAGAACAGGUUGCGAGGAAUAUUAUACUUCCAGCAAAGGCUGCAAAUCUCGACGAUCCAGAAUCAGAUCUUCUGAACACUCUGACGAGAGUUUCUAUCAUACAAGACUCUGCAAAUGCGCCACUGCAGUUUGAGGUCGCAAUUCGGUCAAUCCAGCCACGUGGAUCUCGUAGGCGGAUGCCACAUGAUGAUGCUUGGCUUCAGACAGUUUUCGAUACUUUGGUGAAAGCCAUGCCAAAUACGAGAUUUGAGCAGAACAGCAAGGCUAUCCGUUGCAUGCUCCAUUGUGCGAUAGAUCACAAAGUAAGCCUUGAACUGCCAGCCCUACGUUCCAUCACCUCAACAUAUGCUCUCUCUGAAGGAACGACCAAUUGGGAUCUACUUCAUACGAUCAUUAUUCUUGAUGCAAAUGUCUUCCUUAUACCGGACGAAGAGAAGAACCUACUGCAAGAAGUCUUGACUCGUAUCACAACUGCUUCAGUAGAUCCAUCGUGGUCAGAAAUAUCGGGUCAGGUUGUCACAGGAGUUGUGGUACCUCUUAUGAAAGAAUUCGCAAAUGCACGCGAUCUCUCUGGUUUCAUUCACCACUGGUUUGCUCAACUUGUUGAAUUUGAGAGACUUCGAAAGGCAAAACGAAAACAACCAUCAACGGCGAUCUUCAGUGCUUGGGAAGAUGAGGCCCUCCAGGUGGAGCUCUCCAAGCUCCUGGAACCAUCACUGACGCUCCGCCAAAUUACUGAUAUCCUGGAAUUCUUGAAUGAACAGGUCGCUAAAAGCCCUGAUGCUGUGUGCGUGAUCCUAGAAGCCAUAGCUAGCUCAAUUAGCCAUGCAGAAGUCGUUGAUGCCGUUCAAUUACGUCUUUAUCAUAUCAUGUUCGACAAUAUGAGUUCAGAAAAGUUGGAUUCGCGAUACAAAUGGCGAUCUUGGAGAAUCCUCUCGAGAUCAUUAUCCUGGAUGACGAGUUCUGGGCUCAAUGAAAUAGUGAAACUCUGGGAAGAACAGGCGAAGCCAUUUGAUUUGCUCUCUGGCAGGCUUGCUACUGGUCGACUUCUCGAGGCUGGUGACGGGAAUACCAUCGACCUCGAAACCUUAGAAUCUCUCCGAUGCAUAUGUGCAGCUUGGGAAACGGUUGAAGAAUGGAGUCCAUUGAAAAGCCUCGCAAAGCCGUCGAUGCUCAAUUUCCUCCAAUGCUUGGCUCGCGACAUCAAAUCAUUCCUGCGAGAUCUUCGGAAAUCGCGACAGCUAGGCGAGGAAGUAUGCGGCCCUAACUUAAAUACACAGUAUAGGGGCAUGGGUUGGAUGUUGUGGUCCUGUGUACGAUGUAUAUUCGUUGAGUAUCCAAAAGUGUUUGGGCUCGGCUUAGAGUUACCAGACAAUACCUUUAGGGAGAUGUUGCAGAACGUGUUCUGGAUAGCAUCUGCUUCUCUUCCUGGUGUUAUUCCUGGUGAUUCCAACACCUGGCUUCGCACAAAUCCAGACGCUUUUCCUGGCCUGUGGGUGUCCUCAUUGCUUAGCCCAGCCGUUCAAAAUAACGAAGCCCUUUCCGGCCAAAUGAUCGAUAUCAUGCUACUCUCCGAGACUAACAUAGAAAACCCUUUGGUCAAAUCCCCAAACACCAAUGCCUUCUCCGUCCGCUCUUUGUUACAAAUACCCUUGGAUGUCUUUUCGAGGAAAGACAGAAUACGUAUUAGGCAAUCCUGGCUUUAUGCUCCCAAGGGUCCCGGCGAAAAGGAAGAUGCAUCUCAAAGCCCUUCAUAUGAAUUAACAGCACUGAACUCAGAGGUGCUUAGCCUGAAAUCCAGGAUUAUGCAACUCCCUCCUUCCUACGAGGGAAUGAAAUAUGAAGAUCUCAUCCACCUCGCUGAGGCCCUAGCCAACCCAAAGGUUCCAAUUUCAAACCCGCAGGUAAACCUUGCCGAGUUCAAAAGACUCGCCGAGUUGACUCUGUUUCAUAUGACAGCAAACCUCGAUCAGCCUCGAAGCCAAGAAUACGUCUCGGACGUUAUAAGUCAUAUUCGGGAAAAGAGCAAAACGGGUUCCGGAGAGAAAGUUAAACACAAGGACCGUUGGAACUUUGCCUUGGUCACCCUAUUACAAGUCGUUCUCACAGCCCUCUCAGCCAAAGCCACAGCCCUCGACAGUCACGGUAUCAUCAGUGACAGCGAAUUGGAGAGCAUUGCGGAUCUUAUCAAGAAAUCUCUCCUCGCUCAGUUGAAACGUCUUCUCGAGAAAGGCAAGAAGUCUUCUAAAUCGAGCGACGAGAAUGGGAAAGAUCUUCAACUUCUCUGUAUAAUCGAUGCUCUAUCAGCACUGAGCGUCGAUGGGACUAAGUUGGCCAAGCUUGCUGAUGAAGUCGAGUCGUUUAUUGCAUCGCUUAAGGAGACGGAGCAUGAGGUGGCAACACGGCUAGCAACAUUCAUGUCUAUUCAUGCUCGUGAUGCUGAUGGGGAGCUUCUUAAUAAAGAGCUCGCGGGUGACACGUCAACUAUUUACGGCAGGCAAGGCAUUUCUGAGAAGGUUACGGCUCUUGCCAAAGGCAAGAAUCAACAACAGAAAUUGGACCUGCUGAAAUUGACUUUCGGAGAUGAAAUGGUUGGUUUGUCACAGUUGGACAAGCUGCUGGCCGCCAGGCAGGUUAUUAUGACAUGUGAAGACUCUCGACGAUCCUCGAAGGAUGAUGAAGAUGAUGAAGAAGCUUUUGAUUUAUCAAAAGCAUAUUAUAUACUUUGCGAUAAACUAUGGAAAGCAACUAGUGUUCGUCAGUUUCUUCUGCUCAGUGAGACGAUGGAAAUGAUGCUUCGAACAAAGGUCCGCUCAAUAUCCCAAUGGAAUAUCGACAGCACGCUCGGCAGUAUCACCAUCAUCUGCUCCCGAAGCGGUCCUUCCCUACGUCCUAUCCGAGCCGGCACUAUAUACCUCCAUCUCUGCCACCUCCUCCAAGCAGUCCUCACCGAGCAUCGCCUAAAGCUGCAAGGCCAUUUCCACCUCGUCGUGCAGUGCAUGCAGGCGCUCCUCCGCUGUCUCUUCAUCCCUUUACCACACACCAGCACCAAAUUUGCCAAGCUCUUCCCCACACCCCCUUGGCUCGCUUCCCCCCGCCACCAACUCAAGGCUUUGCACGCCGCCGCUUUCACCCGGCUCGUGACGCUGAUCUGCGAUCCCAGUGUGUCAUCUGUCGCCCGAGCCCAGCACAAUAACCUCACAUCCGCGACUGACAAGGCAAAGCGGAUGGCGGGCCAGCACAUGCAAUUCGUGCUCACGACCUACAUCAAGUUCCAGCUGGAGAUGCGCAUGUUGCCGGAGGUGAGGGAGAAGAUGGUCCCCGGCUUGUACGCGAUCUUCGAUACCACAACCCCCGAGAUGAGGAGGAUGAUUGGUGAUGGCUUGGAUUCGAGUGGACGCGCUGUGUUCGGCACUCUGUACAGGGAUUAUUUGAAAUUCGGAAAGUGGAAAGGCUCGUAGUCAUAUAGAAAGAUCUAGGCUUUCUGUAUUUCACAAACAAUUGUCUCAGACUGUCUAUUUUAACAACAAGUG